AUACUAUAGGUUUAAUGGAGUUUAACACCUUUCAUUUCUACCUAGGAAGAAAGAUAUAUACUAUAGGUUUAAAGGAAUUAAAUACCUUUCAUUUCUACCUAGGAAGAAAGAUAUAUAUACUAUAGGUUUAAAGGAGUUUAACACCUUUCAUUUCUACCUAGGAAGAAAGAUAUAUAUACUAUAGGUUUAAAGGAGUUUAACACCUUUCAUUUCUACCUAGGAAGAAAGAUAUAUACUAUAGGUUUAAAGGAGUUUAACACCUGUCAUUUCUACCUAGGAAGAAAGAUAUAUAUACUAUAGGUUUAAAGGAGUUUAACACCUUUCAUUUCUACCUAGGAAGAAAGAUAUAUACUAUAGGUUUAAAGGAGUUUAACAUCUUUCAUUUCUACCUAGGAAGAGGGAUAUAUUCUAUAUGUUUAAAGGAGUUUAACACCUUUCAUUUCUACCUAGGAAGAGGGAUAUAUUCUAUAGGUUUAAAGGAAUUAAACACCUUUCAUUUCUACCUAGGAAAAAAGAUAUAUAUCCUAUAUGUUUAAAGGAGUUUAACACCUUUCAUUUCUACCUAGGAAGAGGGAUAUAUUCUAUAUGUUUAAAGGAGUUUAACACCUUUCAUUUCUACCUAGGAAGAAAGAUAUAUACUAUAGGUUUAAAGGAAUUAAACACCUUUCAUUUCUACCUAGGAAGGGAAUUAAUGUAUACGUUUGAAUGGGUUUGUUUGUUGUGAAGCGCAAAACUACAUAUUGAGCUAUCUUUGCUGUACCCACCACACGUAUCGAAACCCAAUUUUCAGAGUUAAUAACUACCUCACUGUUACUGUUGAAUCAACAGAGUCUGUUUGAAAGCUACAUUUAAAACUGAUUCACUCUUGGUUCUGUUAAAUAAAGCUCCUCAAGCACUUUUGAGACAAAUUCUUAUAGUUCUAUAAUAAAUCAUGCAACAUAAUGAUUUUGAAAAGACAAAACACAUGAACUACUGAAAAUAUUUUUUUUGACAGAGAAACAUGUUAGAAUAUUUAUAGUGAUGUGUUGCAGCAACAAUAAUCAAGUCUCCUUCUUACAGUAGAAACUCUGUAGUGUUGGCAACUAGUGUAUGUGGUAAUCGAGUGAAAGAAGCGCUGGUGAUGCUGAAAUCCGCCAUUGCUCUGUCUCGACAGAAGCUCCAUCUAGUGCUAAUGACAGAAGACGAAAUAAUUCCGAAAUUACGAGACCCGAUGCUAGGAUGGCCCCCCACCUUCAUGAACAGAGUUAGUGUGGAGUUCCACCCGAUUUCUUACCCGGACUAUGUGAACCAGACUGAAUGGAGAGGAUUGUAUCGUCUCUGUUCUACUCACAAGUUGUUCAUAGCUGAUAUCUUACGUCACAUCGAUGCUGUAAUUCUAUUGGACACCGAUGUCCUUUUUCUUCGACCACCAGAGGAAUUUUGGGAACACUUUUCACGAAUGAACAAGCGGCAGAUGAUGGGUUUAACAGUAGAGACAGAACUACCUGGCCAGGGCUGGUAUCCACGUCAUGUCAGAGGGUUUCCGAUUUAUCGAGAUCAAGGUGUAAACGGUGGGGUGUGGCUGAUGAACUUAACGAAACUUCGGUCGUCGUUAUGGUCAGGCAGGAUUGUGAAAAUAUACCAGUUUUUUAAAGGUCAUAUAAAGUUUGGUGAUCAGGACAUUGUCAGUAUUUAUUUUCAUUAUUAUCCAGAUGACCUGUACCUUUACCCCUGCGAGUGGAACUUCCGCACCAACCAGUGCAACAGACUUGAACGCUGCAGUAGCGUGGAAAGAAAGGGAGUAAGUGUUUUGCAUGGAAUCGCCGGGGCAUUCCACAAGCGUGGGCAGAAAAAUAAAAUAGCAUAUAUGCCUAUUUACAGGACAAUGGAUGAGUUCACAUUGGGUAGCAGCUUACGGUCAGGCCUCUUGGAUCCCAUGAAGUUCUGGUUGAGGAGAUUACCCAGUACAGUAUGGUGCAGCCAAGUGCAAGACAUCCUGAUUCUAGGCUUAGAAAGGUUUAUAAACGAAACAGAAACCUAACUUGUAACGUGUGUACAUUAGUUUUUAAAUAAUAUUUGGGACCCACCACAGACUGGUACACUUUAUCUUUGGACAGUAACAUACACUUGAGAAUCAACACUUUGUCCUUGGACAGUAACAUACACUUGGGAAAGAACAUUUUAUCCUUGGACAGUAACAUAAACUUGAGAAUCAACACUUUGUCCUUGGACAGUAACAUACACUUGAGAAAAAACACUUUAUCCUUGGACAGUAACAUACACUUGAGAAAGAAGAUUUUAUCCUUGGACAGUAACAUAUACUCGAGAAAGAACAUUUUACCAUUGGACAGUAACAUACACUUGAGAAAGAACAUUUUAUCCUUGGAGAGUAUCAUAUAUUUGAGAAAGAACAUUUUAUCCUGAGACAGUAACAUACACUUGAGAAAGAACAUUUUAUCCUUAAGCAGUAGCAUGCACUUGAGAAAGAACAUUUUAUCCUUGGACAGUAACAUACACUUGAGAAGCAACACUUUAUCCUUGGACAGUAGCAUACACUUGAGAAAGAACAUUUGACCAUUGGACAGUAACAUACACUUGAGAAAGAACACUUUAUCCUUGGACAGUAGCAUACACUUGAGAAGCAACACUUUAUCCUUGGACAGUAACAUACACUUGAGAAUCAACACUUUGUCCUUGGACAGUAACAUACACUUGAGAAAGAAUAUUUUACCAUUGGACAGUAACAUACACUUGAGAAAGAACAUUUGACCAUUGGACAGUAACAUACACUCGAGAAAGAACACUUUAUCCUUGGACAGUAGCAUACACUUGAGAAAGAACACUUUAUCCUUGGACAGUAGCAUACACUUGAGAAAGAACAUUUGACCAUUGGACAGUAACAUACACUUGAGAAAGAAUAUUUU